AUGGCAGACUCAGAUCGCGAGCUCAAGGAGUCUAAUGGAAAUCAGGAGACCUCGCAAUGUAAAGAGGAAGUCCUCUCCCGGGCUGAUCAGAAACCUAACUUCAAGCGUGGGCCUCGAUUCUGGGCAAUUAUUUCUACGCUCUGUGUCAUUGGCCUCUUGAGCGCUCUGGAGAACACUGUCGUGACAACAUCACUGCCGUAUAUCGUCAACGAAUUGGACUUAGGCAGAGACUAUAUCUGGGUGACAAAUGUUUUCUUCCUAACUAGUGCUGCUGUACAGCCCAUGUUCGGGCAAUUCGCCAACAUAUUCGGGCGGCGAUACGUCACUCUGGCCAUUGUAGCGCUCUUCACCAUCGGCAGCGCGAUUGCUGGUGGCGCCUCGAAUGGCGCGAUGCUAAUUGCAGGUCGCGCAAUCCAAGGCAUGGGAUCUGGAGGAAUCAACAUGAUUGUGGAUAUUAUCGUCUCGGAUCUCGUGCCGCUUCGAGAACGAGGCAACUACAUGGCCGUCGUCCUUGUUGUUUACUUCGUGGGCACUGCGCUUGGGCCAUAUAUCGGAGGAGCGAUUGUUGAGAGCACAUCAUGGCGCUGGGUCUUCUAUAUCAAUCUUCCUAUUGGCGGCGUAUCAAUGAUCAUGAUUAUUGUCUUCUUACAAGUGAAGUACAACAAAGAGAUGACUUUCGCCCAAAAGAUUCGGCGCAUCGACUAUAUCGGCAACGCUCUUCUUAUCGGUUCUACAGUCGCGGUUCUCUACUCUCUGACAUAUGGAGGUACACUUUACCAGUGGUCUUCUGGAAGGAUAAUCGCACCGUUGGUCAUCGGACUAUUAGGGCUCGUUGCCUUCAUCGGCUUCGAAAGCUUGAACUUUGUUAUAGAGCCUGUUGUGCCGCCCAGACUUUUUGCAAACAGAACCUCAGCGACCGUCUUCGCAGUCACUUUUCUCAACUCAGCAUUGCUAUAUUGGAUGCUUUACUUUCUCCCUGUCUACUUUCAGACUAUUUUGGGUAGCUCGCCGGCGCGCUCGGGGGUCCAACUUCUGCCUUCAAUUAUCGUCGCCAUACCUGCAGCCAUCAUGGCUGUAUUACUCCUCACAAAAUUCGGAAAGUACAAGCCACUGCAUCUCGCCGGCUUCGCUCUCAACACCAUUGGCCUUGGACUCUUUACACUGCUGGACAAGGACAGUUCGACAGCGGAAUGGGUCAUCUUUCAAAUAAUCGCAGCUGGAGGUUCCGGCUUCGUGCUAAACACACUGCUUCCGGCGUGUCAAACACCGCUAGCCGAGAGCGAUCAAGCAGCGGCGACUGCAACGUGGUCGUUCGUGCGGUCUUUCGGCAAUAUCUGGGGCGUGGCUAUUCCUGCGGCUAUCUUCAACAGCCGGUUCGCGCAACUGUCAGACCGGAUCCAGGACUCAUCCAUCGCUGCCCAAUUCGGUCACGGAAAUGCAUACAGCCAUGCCAGCGCAGAUUUUCUUGAUACCUUCGGAUCCAACGUGAAGUUAGAACUCGUUUCAGUCUUCUCAGACAGCCUAAAGCAGGUUUGGCAGAUCUCCAUAGUGUUCUCUGGCGUUUCCUUCCUCUUAGUUUUCUUGGAAAAGCAGAUCGAAAUGCGCAAGGACUUAGAAACAGAGUUUGGCAUUGAUGAGGGCAAGAAAGUAGGAAGAAGCCAGGAUUCGGCGAAGGCUGGAGAGCAAAAUCGCUUGGCUAGAAAUAACACAGGAAAGGCAGGAUAA